AUGUCCCUGGCCUACAUGGUCCGAUCAAAGCCUCGAGUUUACUUCUGUGCAGUAGAAGCUUCUGAUGACGGAAACUUCUUGUGGGUCCACACGCCGGAGAAGAGGAUGAGAAUCAGUCUGCGAGACACGUUCUUCUCCGACUCCAUCCUGGAGACAGUCCGAGCAGGAUUCACGGGACAAAUUGAGCUCUGUGGUAUCUUGAAAUCUGGAAGAACUCAACUCAGAGUCCGCAUCCCCGGGGUGUUUGACUUGUCGCACAAGAGUAUUACAGCCGAAUCCUCGUGGGCAGACGCAGGAAGUCAAACUCUCGCAGCCCAGGAUGCGGACAAGAAAGCAGCCGACAUGCUCGCAGCGAAAGAAAACGAGAUCGAGGCUGCUGACGCGGAUUCUGAGACGAAAGUUCUCACAGAGCCUGUGGAGAACUUUGACACUGCUUGCGAGCUUGCGAGUGAUGUGAUGGGGUAUCCCAUCGACGACUUUCAGAGAAGAUGCCUUGCAGUCAUCCUGAAAAGGGACACAGACCUGUUAGCAAUGGCGCCUACUGGGUCUGGAAAGACAGCCGUUGCUCUCCUUGCGAUCUUGCAGGCGUUUGCGCGCGGCCAGAGGGCCAUCUACACGUCUCCCAUCAAAGCUCUUUCGAAUCAGAAGUUUGCUGAGUUCAAGCAAUGGUUCCGAUCCAAGGGAGUGAAGGGGGAGGUCACCCUGCUCACUGGCGACAUCAAGAUCCGAGCACCACCCGGGACCAAGAACGAGCUUAUAAUCUGCACUUCCGAGAUCCUCCGGAACAAGCUUGUGCGGUCGAUCGGAACCUACGUCGGCGGGGAGGUCUGUCGUGCGAUGCUUGCUCCUUGCUCCGCUCAUGCGUUCUGGUCUGAGCAGAACGUCGGGCAGGAAGUGGUGGAUCCAGACCUCGAAAGACUCGGCUGUGUUGUCUCCGACGAGGUCCAUUACAUCAAUGACCCUGAGAGAGGUUCGGUCUGGGAGGAGACGCUGAUGCAUCUUGGCCGUCACAUUCAGCUUGUUGCUCUCUCCGCUACCCUGAGAAAGCCUGAAGAGUUUGUCAAGUGGAUCGAGUUUGCAAGGAAUCGACCGGGAGAAAUCGUGCGCAGAACUGACAGACAUGUUCCCCUCUACUUCGGAGGGAUGACGUACACGAAGGACGUGUCAGAUAGUUCCUUCGUCGAGCUCUUCUGCACUCAUGGCGAUCGGGCGGGAGUGUUUGAUCAGAGCCAGUUUCAUGCGCUGUACCCCUCCGCUGCUGAGAUUCAGAAGUCUAUCGAAGCAGCCAAGCAACAGUCCAACCAAGCAAAUCAGGCCGCGCGUGCGAGUCGAGAUGCAGAGAUUAUGCACAACGCCAUGGUGGCGACAGGAGGGUCAGCUCCCAAGAAAGGUCCAGCUGUGGUGUCAAACAAGCCAGCUCGUCGGCCGCAACAGGGCAAAGAUCUCAACUUCGAACAUGAGGUGCAGUCGUGA